AUGGCUUCAAAAAUAACAAUACUGUCGGACGAUGGGAAAAAUUCUCAAACACCACUUCUUGAAUCUGAAUGUGCUGAUAGAAAUAACCAUCUGCAAUCAAAUAUAUUUCAUCCACAAUUAAAUCAUGAAAAAUGGAUUAUCAGCUCAUCAAAAAAAAACGUAUCAAAGGUCAGAGGCAGAUAUAAUGAGAUAUCCGAAGAUAGUAAUGAAUAUAAAACCAUACAUAAGGCAAACCAAUCACAAACUUUCAACCAAAAUGGCUGCACUCUUGAAGAAUGCUACCAAGACAAAAGUAAUGAAGAAAUCGUGGAAAAUGGUACAGGAAGUAAUGCAAGUCACAAUUUGUUAUCAAAUCCACAACGUGUUUUCUUUGCACUUGGUUAG